ACGCACUAGGCAGCGCGGACCGUGUAUCGACCUGAUGUCUUAGCCGUUUUCGCCCGCCUCCUUCCAUCCUGCGCCGCCGGAAGCUUCUCCCCGCCGCCUUGCUCCAGCCGGCCGUCUCCUCCGUCGCCGCGUAGAUCCCCGCCUCCCUGCCGCCCCGCAGAACACCCCCGCCCCGCAGAACCCCGCCACCCCGCAGAUCGACGCCGCGCCAGAACGCCGCCGCCCCACAGAUCCCCGCCGCCUGUGCUCCUCUCUGGCCCCGUUGCCGUCGGUAGAGGGGAGGCAUGGCGGAGCUCUGCGUACGAACGCUGCCGCCGUGAGGACCCUCCCCUCCCCUCCGGGUUGUCCGACCAGGGCUGCUCGACGCCAUCGGCCACUGCCCGAGCUGCGCGUCUCCACCAGCUGCGGCCGUCCUCCUCCGUGACACCGUCGUCCACCACCAGUAUUGGAAGAUUGAAGAAAGAUUGCGUCGAGUUUGCUAGAUUGUGUCGAUAUUUCGUUGCGGAUCUUCCUCGCUGAUCUAUCACGCUCCGAGGGUGAUUGAAACAUGGUAGGAAGAGUGGGACGAGGAGGUGGGUCUAAGAAAAGGGGCAUUCAAGAACAUGUGUCAGAUUUCUUCAAAGGCAAGAAAAAGAAGGAUGAGGAUCCUUCAGGCGCUUCUUCGAGACCCCCGCCAGGAGUAGCGGGGAGGGCUGCUCGCCUCCAGAUGCGUGCACGACGACUUCGUAGUCCCUCCCCCUCACAGGUUCAGGAGGAGGAGGAGGAGGUGGGAGAGGAGGAGGAGGAGGAGGAGGGGGAGGAGGAGCAGCCUUUUUCUCACCACUUUUUACGGCAGUCCCGACAUGAUGGGGAUGAGGAUGAGGAUGAGAUAGAGGAUGCUGAGGAGGAGGUGGAGAUGGAGGUAGAGGACGCGCCGGGAGGGGUGGAGGAGGGUGAGGAGGUGGAUAGAUAUGUGGAGGGAGAGCUUGUUGAGGAGCUUUGGACAGGGGAGGAGUUAGCUGUCUUGCCGCCGCCGCUGCCGGAGGGUAGGAAGGUGUACUUGCGUGGGAAUGCAAAACUCCCCGCUCGACCAUAUGCACAGAAGCAUAUCCAGCUCAAGCCCAAAGGAAAAAAGUGCCUUAUACACGUUGGUUCUGUGCGGCCCUCACGUCUUCCAAGUGGCAUCCUUGUUGCCUGAUGGUACGUGUGAGCCCGCUUGGACCUACAACCACUACAAGUUCGCAAAGGAUAAUUCCAAGUACUCCAGCGUUGCUAGUCGAGUGGUGCAUGAGUUUUGGGAGUUUUUCACUCCAGCUACAGGCAAAGAGAAUGAAUGCUGUGAGGUGGUGGGUAAGCUUUUACGCAAGCUUAUCCCGGAAAUGCACUACGAGGCGCGUGUGAGAUGUGUGAUCAACUGGUACGCGCAAGUGAAGAGGAUUCCACUUCCGAAGUCCAAUGCACGGCUAAGGCUUAUGACACGCGAGCAAUACAAUUUGGUGCCUCCUCAGUGGUGCGCCUCCAAGAAAGCGUGCUAUGCCCAAAUAGUGGAUGAUUGGGUAAGCCCGGCGUUCCUUGAAAGUCACCGUGAUGCGCAGAGAAGGCGUCGCCUCUUGGUAGGUGGAGUACACCGUCAGGGCCCCCUCGCCUUUGGUGCCUAUGUGGAAAAACAGAGAAAGGAGAAGGGUGAAGAUGUCCAUGAAUUUGAUAUUUUAUGUCAGUCCCGGAUGAAGAAGGUUGUGAAGGAGGGGGAGUCGCCGUGGCUCAACGAGAACUUCAACAAUAAACGCAUAGCGUACUGCGAGAAGUACAAGCAGGUGAAGGGUAAGGACGCUGACCCGUACAAGGAGCCCAUCGAUGCCGAGGUUGCUAUGCUCGCGGGAGAAGGCAUGAAGAAUGGUCGAUUAUACAUUGCGGAUGGUUCCGUCGACACCAGUAGCACGCCUUCUUUGUCCCAACUCCGUGCUACCAGGACAAGCGGAAAGCCUGGUAUAGAGACCCGUAUUAAGCCUUCAGUAGUCAUGUUCAACGAGAUGCAGGCUAAGUGGGAUGAAGAGCGCCGUCGUGCCGAGGAGGCCGAGAGAGAACUUGCGGAAGUGAAGGCGACGUUGCAAAGCCACGACGAGAGGUUUGCUUCUUAUGACCAGCUAUUUGCGAUGUUGCGUGCAGCUGGUGCACCUGGUAUGGCCGGCGCACCUCCUCUUCCUCCUCUCCCACCUCUCCCUCCUCUUUCCGGGCCAUUUGGGAUCCCAUCGGCUGGUUCUCACAACCCGUCGCCCCAGUUGGAUGCAAGCCCUGUGACCCCAGCUGGUAGUACGAGCAUGCCUCCGCCGGCUAAUCCUGACCUUCACAGCCUAAGGAGGCAACUUUGAUUUCAUCGAGGACUCCUAGGUCGAUGUGGACUUGCAUGUGUUGAUCGCAGAGUUGAGGACCCCAUGAUGGAUUUGUACUCGUUUGUUGAUUGAGGAUCAUACUGUGGUCUUGUAGUUUAUGAUCGUCUGCUCGUUUGGGGACUUGUUUGUCAUGUUUGAGGAUUGGUGAACUUGUAUGGUGUUCGUUAGAUAUGUCAACCUCUACUUUAUGUGUGUUAUUCUGAUAUUUACAGUAUCGAUGUACUUCUAUAUGUCAACCGUUGGUAUUGGAGUUUAA